GUUUUCGGUAAGCGUACACUUUUCCGUCCAUAAUUCCGUCACAUCUCUAACCGACCCACGUGACAACAGGCCGCAUUCCAUCCAGCCCGAGAUGCCGUCGAGCGUGCGUCCCCCGUGCCGUCCGAGCGAAGAUGUGGCGGCCAACCAGGCCAACACACCGCCGCUGGAAGUCAAGAAGCUCUCGCCCGAGCCUGAACAGGAACAGGACCUCGAGAUCCCCGGUACACCGCCGAUGGACGCGCAGAGUCGCCGCGUCUGGGGGGACGACGCUCUGCCCGCCAACCCCAAGCUAACGGAGGCGCGGCGUCUCGUGGAGCAGGAGAAGUUGCAGUCUCCAGAGCGACGCGCGACGCGUCACGCCGCCGCAGUGGUGUUGCAGCGCCUCGUGCGCUGCUUCCUGGCACGUUGCAGCUUUGCCAAGCGCCUCAGCGCCGUGGGUCGCCCCGUGGAGCUGCAGAUCACGCGGGUGCGCGGCUUGGAGAUGCUCUGCGACUUCCGCAACGUGGUGUCGCUCUUCUGCAACGUACGCGUGCUCAAGAAACCCUUCGGGCCGUUCAUGUUCCACUUCUCGUCGGACAAAUGCACUAACGUGAACUUACCCACUUGGACAGACAAGUUCUUUGUGCCAUUGAUGUCCAGCAAAUGCGACAUUGUCACCACGUUGAUCGGCGUCACGAAUACGGGCAGAUUGCGGUUUUUAGGGCAGGCUAUUGUAGCGAUGGAGCCUGGAUGGGAACACACGAGGACGUUCAGUGCCCCACUGGCCAAGUGGAAAUUCCCAGUGGAGGAGUCCAUUGUAGGACUGCACCGCUUCGUACAGGGCACAGUGGAGCUUGAGAUCACACCCAUUUCGUCCCGGAUGCCGUGCAAAUCAGGUCAGUUUCUUAUGGCGCCUCCCGUUCCGACAAGAGGGAGACGGUCGUUCUCCUUUUGGUCCAGACAAGUGUCAAGUAACGGAUUGCUGGCUUCUCCAGCGCCACGGACGCCCAAGACGCCAGCGAGUGCCUCGCCGUCCAGGAAGACGAUGGUGACGCGCUGGGGCGUGCUCACAGAUACGACUUUCCACCUGUUCGACAACACGACUGCCAAGCUGCUCAUUAGUUUGGAUCUGGCGAAAUUGCAGAUUAUCAAGUCCAACGCAGAGCCCAAGAGCGACCCGAGUCGCCUUUUCCCUGUGAAGUUGUAUGCUAAGGGCACCAUGUACGUGUUGUAUGUGUCGAACUACUCACAGCAGCAGUCGUGGGAGUACAAGAUCAACCUGCACCGCCGUGAACUGUUAAUUCCGUAGAUGAACAUGUGGAGUAGUUGUCGUGGAUGCAUGGAUUAUUUGGGUUGUGUAUUUAAGCGUAAAGACUUUUUUCAAGUGGUUUAAUACGGACGUGCGCUUGGUCAUUGAAGUACGCCAAAUACUACAUGUAGUACUAAGACUAACCUUAAUACGUCUAGGUGGCAGAAGUUCGCAGAACGAUGUACAACAACGCCUGAGCGUUUACAUGUGUACGGCAUGUUGAGAAAAAGAAGUACAGCAACAAUAAUCAACUGUCCUGGAAUUGUCCUCGACCAGUGAUAUUAUUCUACUAGGCAGGACACGUUCAACAUACUCAACGGCCA